UACCCUUCAUCACCGGACAAGCUUGUUGUUGUGCUGCUGUUUUUGUAGGAACAACUUAAUUGGAAGCAAGAUGGUGAUCAACACCGAGCUUUGUGCUCUUUCUGAGUACCGUAUCUACCCCGGAAACGGAAAACUCAUGAUCCGUCGUGAUGGAAAGCCUAUCUGGCUCGGAAGCUCCAAGGCUUUCAGUUUGACAGUUCAACGCAAAAAGGCCGCUAAGCUCGUCUGGACUCAGGCUUGGCGACGCUUGCACAAGAAAGGCUUGUCGGAGACUACCACCAAGAAACGUAGUCGCCGUGCUGGAAAGGUACAACGAGCAGUCGUUGGUGCUUCUCUGGAAGACAUUAAAAAAAAGACAGCACAGAAAAGCGAGCUUCGUACCGCCGCUCGUGAAUCUGCUUUGAAGGAAUUAAAAGACCGUAAGGUAGCCAACAAGGCGAAGACGGGUUCCAAGGUUGCUAAGAAGGCUACCCAAAGCCAGACAUUUCAGAAGGUUCCCAAGCACAUGGGUGGAAAGGGAAAGCGCGGUGGAACUCAGCGUUAAAAUCAUAGGCAAUGUUUGGUACACAAUAAAUUUGACGUAGUUCAUUAUGUGCUGCAAUACUGAAUACUUGCCAGGAGUGACAGGAUUCUAGCUCCUGAGGAGCGCUUACAGUGGAAUUACACACAUGACUUGUACCGACAGCCAACUAACUAUAAUAAGAAGCAAUGCGGACUUGGU